AUGCGCACGUCACUCCAGACCGGCGUACGAGACGUCUCUCACCUAUGCGCGAGGUGCCAGCGACUGGCGACGAUGGCCCGGCCAUCCGGCGCGGUAGCCGUCUCGAAUGGCAGCAGUCCGUUAGCCAUGACACACGCGCGAUGGGCUUCAGGAGCAUCAUCAAUUAUUUCCACCCAAAAGCGGUGGAUGUCCGGGACUGUCCCGUUGUCACGGCCGGCGAUGGCGGUACCAAACAGUGAACCGGCGGCCGCUACCGCGAGCUCGCCAGACCGCAACGUCCCCAAGACGCACUACGAAUUCUUCCCCAUCACCCUCCCCGACGGCCCGCCGCCCAAGGGCCACUUCCCGAUCAACCAGCGCGCUCUCCGCCGCGAGUUCCUCCGGCUACAGGCAAAAGCCCACCCGGACAUGCACCCGGCGGAGCUCAAGACGCGCGCGGAAGCGACGUCGGCGCGCAUCAACGAGGCGUACAAGACGCUAUCGAACCCGCUGCUGCGCGCGCAGUACCUCCUCUCGCUCCGCGGUGUCGACGUCGCCGACGACGAGACGCUGAAAGUGGAGGACCCAGAGCUGCUAAUGGUUGUGCUCGAGGCGCGCGAGGAGAUUGAGGAGGCGACGGCGGAGAGCGAGCUCGAGGGCCAGCGGGCCGCCAACGAGGGACGGAUACGUGCAAGCGAGGAGGUGCUCGAGACGGCGUUCCGGCACGACGAUAUUGAGACGGCUAAGCGGGAAGCGGUGAAUCUCCGGUACUGGGUAAAUAUCCAGGAGAGCCUGGAUAAUUGGGAAGCCGGGAAGCCAAUUGUUCUGCAGCAUUAG